UGCUGCCACCUAAUGGUACACAAGCAGAAAAAUAAGAAAUAUUGCGUAUAUCUGUACUUACAUUUAUUUUUUGCAUGCCGCGCGAGAGAGGUAGAUAUUAAACCCAUUGGAACUUCAUCUAGUGAUUCGAACAUGCUCGUGUUUCCUCGGUAACGUCUAAAGUAAGCAUUUUUCGAGGAAUCCUUGAAGGAAUAAAACUUAUUAACUAUAAGGCUAUUAUAACGUCGUCACCAAUUGAAAAUAUCAUUUCUUUUGUUCUAUGUUGUCCUCACGCAUCUCGCUAAAGCUAUUCUUCGGAAAUACAUUUCGUUAUAGUAGCUCUAUAGCCUACGUCGAGAAAAAAACAAACAGCUGCAAUUGCCACUGUUAUGAUGGCUCAACACGGUCGAUAGAGAAGGACAACAUCUCGAGAUCCGACCAAAUAGAAGGAACAAGCGUCUUCUAAGAGUCUUGCUCUCGUUAGAUCACGAAUUCCGUUGACGUAAUGUUUUUAUAAGUAACGUGAUGGAUACGGUUCCCGUGCCCUGGUGGAUGGCUUUUCUGACAUACCAAACGGCUCCAGCAAAUAUAGCUAAAAUAAAAAAACAAUAAAGAACGGGUUGGCAAGUCAUUAGCCAAAUAAAAACGAGUCCAAAAUAUGCGUACCAAGAUAUGGAAACUCCGCCAAGUUGUGAUUGCCAGUUCGUCGAAGAGUAUUCUGUUCGUAAACCGCCAUUGAACUACAAGAAAAGUGUUUAGUUGGAUUACUUCUUAUAAUUUCGACAGAUAAAACAAGUUGUAUCACUAUGGGCAUUCAAAGUUGUACUGUUUCUAUUUUCCCCAUAAAAUGGUCUAGUUCAUUUGCCAUAGCUUUUAUUUGAUGGCAUAUAAAAUGCCGUUUUGACACGUUAUUACUCGGCAUUGAUCAUAAACUCUUUCUCCACUAAAAAAAAGCGCUUAACUGUCGUCCAAUAAAAUACAAUUGACUAGAAUUCAGUUCUUAUUUCAAAUUCUGACGUUUUCAUUUCACCCAGGAAUGAAUUACUCUAAUUGAUAUCGACGCGGUUGUCGUAGCAACCCGAUUAGUCUUGUCAGGAUUCGCAGGCAAGUAUGACGGCCUUAGCACUAGAAGACCGAUAUUUUCAUGCGGUUUUGCAUUUCGAUUGGUUUCUGACAUUAUUUGGAAUUCACUUACAUCCUCCACAAUCCGAGAUGUGGAAGCGCUGGAUAACUCGCGCGUGGACCAUUUUUUGGCUUGUCUUAAGUCUUCAAAGCGGAUUGUAUUUGUUUUUCCAAAUGGGUCUCCCCAGGCUUAAACUGUCUUUGUCUGCAACUACGUCAAGCUCUGGGCAGAUGGAUGACUUUAAUGGCUUCAUUUUUACUACAUCUCCUCUAAUAUUUUACUGUUUAACCCACAUCAAUUUGGUCACCAUUGGACAGAACACAUUCAGAUUGGUUUUGCAAAACCUUUCAGAAAUUGACUCACAACUUGGCCACCCAGAUUUUUCUUCAAAUGUUCGGUCAUAUUCCUUCGCUGCUAUCGCCUGGAUUGCUACAAGGGUUGUAGUUCUUCUGUUCUGUUCGGGAAUUUGGAGAUUGCGUCAACAUGACCGCUGGUGGCUGUACACAAUCCAAGAAUGGAUUUCGUUAUUGGCUGGAACUUUCCCGCUUUUGGCUGUUUGGCUUUAUGUUCUAUGUCUUCAGCUAAUUCUAACGUAUUACAAACAACUAUCAGCUUACCUGGAAGGUUUGAAAGAACCGCAUUUCGAUGAAAUCGUGCGAACCGUCCGUCGUAUGGAACACCUACAGCAGACAACAAAAAUAGUUCACCAGCGGUUUGGUUUCAUGCUAAUGGCCAACUGUUGCUUUGCUUUGAUUACCAUGAUUAAUUCAUCCUAUUACGUCGUGAUAUAUGCAAAGACAAACUUGCUCGUCUUUGUGUGGGAUUCUUUUAUCGUCAUGGAGUUGUUUUGCCGACUGCUGCUCUACUGUCAAUGGGCCGACCGCAUCCGCGCUGCUGCAACAGAAAUGGCUUUUCUGCUUCGAAAGUUGCGUGAUCUUUGUUCGAGCAUCAUGAAGCCAGUCGAACGAUCGAAAUUAACUUUAUUCAUUCUUGAGCUGUCAAGCAAAGGAGAACGGAUGCCUGUUUUACUCGGAAUAUUGCCUUUGUCUAAAGGUCUCGUAUUGCAGGCCGUAGAGACCGCAUUGGCAUUUGUUGUCAUCCUUUACCAGUUUCGAAUCAUGGAAGAGCAAAAGGAUAUUCCGUAAUGGAAUUUCGUAGUACGGCAGUGGAACGCGUUGGCAGUUUCCUAAGUAACUGCAAUGUCGACCCUGUUUAUCAGAUGAACGUUAAUUUCAGAUGCAGUCGUCCAAUACACCUGUGA